UGUAGGAGGCGAGUAGGCAUAUUUACAACAGACGUAGCGACGGUAGCAUUUUUCGCUUUAUUUCUGAGUGCCUCUUUAAUGACUGAAUUACGCAAAUUUUGGAAAUUCGGUGACAUUCCCCUCUAACAACGUAGAAACGUUGAACGAGCAGGUGUCUACAAACUUGUGGACAUAUAGCGUAGAUAUUAUUGUCCCUGCGUGUUUGUUACAUCGUGUUGCUUCAGCUCUGAAGGUCCGAGCAGCGCCACCAGUCUGGUGUCUGUCUGUACGGACAGUCUGCGAGUCUGCCAGCUAAAAAAAAAAGCAGGAGGGGCGAGCAGGAGCUAAAGCAGAGGAAUGAUGGACGGACAAACCCCGCAGCAGCCCGCACUGGUGUUCACGGAUUAGUGCUGGGAAACAGGAGGGCGUAGUGAAGAAGAAGCAGUGAGGAGCAUCUGCCCUCACCUCGUCUGUGACUCUCCUUUUUUUUUGGUUUCUUUCCCAAAGUUGAACCAACAAGGGCGUCCAUGACUGCUGACAUGGAGUUUACACAUGGAGCACAUGAUGGAGCUUCAGAGACAUUCUGAGUAAAAGUGGGAGUCGUUCUCUUCUUAAAUAAAGAUGCUGGAAGACUUAAGUGGGACACACACUAGACCACCCACCCCCAAAUCAACCUCUUUCAGUUUCUCUGCCCUGGCGUCCCUGCCACACUGCCUACACAUGGAUGGGAGCAGUCACCCUUUCAGGAGGACUCUGUACCGGCUGAAGUUGGUGAGCUCUCCGAACCUGAGCCAGCUGGGUAAGAGCGAGAAGACUUCUCUAGAAGAGCAAGGCUCAGGACCCAACGCCACCUGGAACAGCAUUCACAAUGCAGUUAUAGGAGUUUUCCAAAAGAAGGGGUUGGCAGACAAUGAGCUGUAUACACUCAAUGAAGGAGUAAGGCAGCUGCUGAAAACUGAGCUGGGCUCUUUUUUCACCGAGUACCUGCAGAACCAGCUGCUGACUAAAGGCAUGGUGAUCCUGAGGGACAAAAUAAGAUUCUAUGAAGGUCAAAAAUUACUCGACUCGCUGGCAGAGACGUGGGACUUCUUCUUUUGUGACGUUCUGUCCAUGUUACAGGCCAUCUUUCACCCGGUCCAGGGGAAGGAGCCGUCAGUGCGUCAGUUGGCUUUGCUGCUCUUCCGGAACACCAUCACCCUGAACAUGAAGCUGGAAGAGGCUCUUUCCAGACCGAGAGCUCGUGUCCCUCCAUCUAUUGUCCAGAUGCUUCUGGUCCUACAGGGUGUUCACGAGUCCAGAGGAGUGACAGAGGAGUAUGUGAAGUUGGAGUCGCUCAUUCAGAAGGUGGUGUCACCCUAUCUGGGCACGCAGGGGCUCUGCUCACAUGACUGUGAUUCCAAUGACUGCUCCUGUGUUAUUGAAAAGCGUUUGCAGUGGUGCUGGUCAAAGCCCAGUGACCCACCAGCCACUAACCCAGUAGUGCGCUCCAAGAGUUACAACAUCCCUAUGUUGACCCCCGUGGCUGAAUACGACUCUGAGGCCAGCUCAGUGGGCAGCGUGGGCAUCCGACGGCACUCUGCUUGCGAGGUCACAUCCUGCAUGGAGCAGCAGGGCUACUCUUCACUUUCUGUGGGCAUAGAGACCAGCUCCACCCCCCGCCUGUCUCUGGACCAUGACCUCACCUUAUCCGGAGUCAUCCGAGGAGCUGCCGGACAGCCUGCUCUCAUCUCGCCGGCCAUCUUUGUCCAUAACUCAGCGGGACCGUUACACACUGGCCCUCCGACGUCCACCUCUGAGAUGGAGAAGGCCGUCUCCUCUCCCACCAGCUGCUCCUCCAGCCCGGAAACUAUCGUCAUGCAGGGUGUAGAUUCACUGGAGUCAGACCAGGACGGGAUAUUCAUUGACUUUUCCCACUGCCGCUCUGACUCUUUCGGGACCAGCCGGAAGACUAGUUGACUUUAUUAGCAAAGUGCAGUGAACAUCAUGGCUCAAUAGCUUUUAGCUAUUAAGUGAAUUCUGAAUGCAGAAAUUAAAUUCAAAUUGCUUGAUGGAUUUUCCAAGUAAAUACACACAUAUAGUGUAUUUUCUCUAAACUGGAAUUGGAGAUGAACUCCUGCUGCCAGCCUCAGAUUGGAAAAAGUUCAGUCUGUGUUGGAUGUUUCUUUUUUCUUUUUUUUUUUUUUUAAGCUGUUGCUUUUGUAAGAUGUACUCUACCAAUGGAUGUACUGUACGUUUUUGGGAUAUUUCUACUUACUGUUUUCAUAGGUACCUGCUGUUACAUGGAGAGUUUACAGUUCUCCAUGUAUGUAUAAUUAAGACAUGAAUGUGAAAAUGUUUAAUCUAUGAUUGUUCUGGAAUCUAACAAUUUUCAUUUCAUUCAUUCUUAGGGCUGUGAACAUCAAUCAGGUAAAGCACAGUGGUAUUGUUUUGGGGUCUGAGUUCAGUUUUUUAAUAGCUUACAGCUUGAAUUAAAGACCAUGUACAUCCCAAAUCUUUAGAUACAAACUUGGACUUUUCAGUCUAUCCUCAGAUAAAGAUUUUACCUGUUUAGCAUGCUGGAGUUCAAAAAAUGUUGCACUCAAACUUUUAUUGUUUUUAUUUUAGCUGCACUACUAGAAAUGAGGAAAAGGGAAAUGGACAUUGAGAUAAAAAGCAAAAUGUGCUGUAUUGUGUCAGAUUCCCAUGUGACUUUUUCAAUCACUAAAUUAAUUGAUAUAAAACAACCAGUAUUAGGUUGUUUUGUGUAACAACAUAAAUGAAUUGUCAAUAGAGGAAUUUAAGUGAGACUACUUGAUGCUUUGUUCACAUAUUCUAUUUUUAAAAUCACCUCUGUGUGAGAGUGAGUAAUACAGAAUAUUGAAAUAUUUGAUCAUUCAAAGUUUUGGAUAUUCAUAUAGUAUAUUUGGGCUGGUAUACCCAACACUGAUUAUUCUGCAGGCACUAACUGAAAAUGACAUAUUGGGCAUACAAACCUACUGAGAGCAAUAUAAAACAAAUAAUCGUCUACUUGAAGGGGAAUUCCACUGAUUACAGAAGUCUUCAUAAAUCAGUUAUUGAGAUGUAAACAGUCUCAUUCAGCAUGGUUGGAUGUGAAAUGCUUCAUUAUAGAGAAACUUACUGACUCGGAUUUCUUUAUAGUGACGGGAACCAGGGAUGGCAAUGUCUGCAACACAGAUUAGUCAUUUUAUUUACAAAACAUCCAGUGAAUCUACACGUAUUUGGAGUUUUAUAUGUAAUGCUGAUAAUGGUAAAAUAGUGGUUAAUCUGGAAAAACAGUUCUUUUGAGUACCUUGUCUGGUUCCCGUUAUCACCACUGUGAACGACACUGUCUUGGUUAGUUUCUCUAGAAUUAAUGCAUCUCACAUUAAACCACUUUGAAUGACUGUUUACAUCUUAUUGACUGAGAAAUAUCUAGAAAUUAUGAAAUAUUGGUGUAAUUCCUCUUUAAACAUUGUUGAACAACAUACUGACUUAGUGAUAUAGCUAAUAGACAGAAAAAGAUUAGGCAGAGGAAGCUGUAAAUAAAAUGAGUUUAUUUGCACACCUCUAGUGAAAAUGUGAACUGUAUUGUGAUUGUAAAUACAUUAUUUAUUUUUUUUUCAUUCCUGUAAUUAAAUGUUGGAAUAGCCUUUAGGCAAUAUGUAUCAAAUCUACCACAAGGCCCUGUAGUUUUAUAGGAAAGUCUAGAAAGUUUUUUACUAAUGCAAUGUUUUUAGAAAUGUUGUUGAGAGAGGUUAAAGUGGAGGCCUACUUUUUCAAACUAGCUUUGUAUUUUUUGGCAAUCUAUGUUGAUUAGUUUCAUAAAAUGCUCCUUGUUACAUCCAUGUGAUUAAAACUAUUAAAACGA